GCCAGCACCCUGGCUGCCCUCCGUGCACUUCUAGCUGUGUCAUGGCCUUCAAAAGGAGAUGUCCAGGCCUUUCUCCAACUACUCUCAGUUCUGAAGUGGACUGUGAGUUUGCUGCUCCUAGGAUCUGCUCAGUCUUCAAGAGAGUCAGCCACAGGAAGAACAGAGUCGGCAGUCAUGAAGAGGAACACAGUGGAACCACUGACUGUUCCCGGCAGAAAGAAAAAGCAGAACCAGAGAAGGAGGAGCUGGAUGAAAAUGAAUCACAGAUCUGUUUUUGCAAUCUGAGAAAUCUUAGAGAAGGAAAUGGCCCCUCCCUGGUGCAGGAGGCCACUGACAACCUUUGUGCCUUGGCUGAGACCAAGGUAGCUGGGGUCCUGCGGGCCAUCUGCAAGUACCGCCAGAGCAUCCACAAGAUCUCCCCAAAACAUCGAUUGCGUAUUAAUCAGAUCUUGCAAGCUGUGAUCAAAUCAGCCAGUGGCAUUGAAUACAAAUUAGCUAACGUCAUAAUCAAACUGGCCGCUGAAGAUAUGCUGAGGACCACAGAUCUGCACGAUCGGUACCAGGAUGUGGCUGGGGAGAUCCUGGUGGCCCUGUGGAAUCACUAUCCGGCAGAAGUGUUGACCAAACUCUUGGAGGGCUUCCAAGGCCGGCUGCUUCCAUACCGCAGCAUCCUCUGUGUUUUGGGGAAACUGGCAAACAAAGCCUUCACUGAGAGCGAUACCUUCAAGGCUGAUGUGUGGGAGCGCAAGCUGGUGGAGUUUGCAGAACGGCUCUUGAUUGAUGUCACAGACAAGGCUUGCUUUGAGGAGCUCUAUCAAGAGCUAAUGAAAGUGGACGCAAUGCGCAGCAGCCAAAGCCCUGAGAAGGUCUUCCUCUAUCAGUACUUCGGAGCCAUUCUGUGUACCUCAGACAACUCUCAAUUAGUCCAAGAGCAACUCAGCAAUAUACUGGCCAUGUCUCACAGGGGACCUUUGGCAGCAAAGGGCAUCGCUUCUGCUGUUGGCCUGGCUGCCUCUCGUCACCUUGACGAAGUUUUAAAGGUACUUGAGAACUUCAGCAAGAAAGUUUCCACUGAGGAGAGUUCUACAUCAAAAACCAGCCCGUACUGCCAGUGGAACACCCUCCUGCUGUGCUACGGACGAGUAGCCCUGGGCAUUAGAGAAGAAGUUCUCCCUCGAGUGGAACUGAUCCUAUCCAAAAUGAUCGAUUAUUUCUCCGUCAACCCCUCGGACGUGAACCUGAAGAAGAGCUUUUUGAUUGCUGUGUUGAUGUUUCUUGAAGCUAUCGCUGCAACUGGUAAAGCACGACACAUACGGCUGCACAUGAAGACACCGCUUGUGGAGUGCCUAAUUGUAAGCAUGCUCUCUGUCUUGGCCUGUUUCCCGUUCACUUCGCUGGGGGUGGCUCAGGGGGAAGGACCUCUGCCGAGGACCUUUGUGCUGGGGAAGGGAUACGUGGAGAGGGGAGUUCCCUCCAUUGCCUCAACCCCAAGCGCUGUCGAGUGCUCUCCAAACGAUGGCAACCGGGUGAAUGAAAGCCCCCAGAAUGUCCUGUCCGUGGCAGUUCCAUUCAACCCUUCCAGCAAGCUGAAGCCCGUCCUUGAGGCAGAGAAGAAAUCCCACUUGCUCUGUGCCUCCUUCCGAAGUGUGUUUUGCCUGGCCCCGCUGGACAUCCUUGAAGGACAAUCUUGUAGAGAGGAGCUGACAGCAGAUGAUAUCAAAGGCCUCUACCACCAAACCAUGAGCAGUUUUGGAGAGAUGCUGCAGGGUUUGUUGCUGGAAAACCCACACCCAAGCGAGCUGCAGCACUUGAUGGAGCUUAUGGAACCGUGGAUGACAUCAAAAUCAGAUCAUACUCGUGAGAGAGCAGUGGAGACAGCAAUGAAGAUCUUGAAAUUUGUAGCUGAAUACUUCCAUUUUGAUCUCUCACAGGAGUUCAGCAAGCUGGCACACCCGACGGCCCUUCUGAUCACCUUGUGCAAUGAUCCGGUGCAGCGCAUCAGUGCCUUGGCCGUGCAAGCAGUCAGCUGCCUCUACGAGGUCCUCCUGCGCCGGAAAGGACUGAAGAUGAGCAAACCGAAGAGGAGAACGUGGUCUGUGAAGAGGAGAUUAAAGACCCCAGAGGAGGAGUGGCUUGCUUUUUUGGCACUGGACAGCAGCUGGCACAUGGCAAUGCAUCUCGGUGACCAAAUCUUCGCGGCUCAGCUGACCAACCUCCUGCUCUCUGUUCUGCAUAGCCUGAGAGACUCCAGGGCAGAGCUGCUGAAGGCCGCAGAAGAGGUGCUCAAUGCAGUUCUGCAGAACCAUGCCAGGAAAGUUGAACGGGUGAAGGAUGUUGUAGGAGCCAUCUACAUGUGCCUGCAGCUGCGGGAAGCCUCGUACUGGACGCGGAAAGUGGUGCUGAAGGCGUUGGCGUUCAUGAUCCCGUAUCACAUGGAGGAGGUCAUGCGGAGCUGCCUCUCGUUCUCCAUUCCCAUCAACAGGCACACCAAUGAGCUCUGGGCAGCCAUGGCUUCGGGCCCACAAGUGGCCACGCAAGUCCUGCAGCUGCUGCUGAAGAGCCUCCAGGUCAAGGAUCCCUGGCAAGGGGACGAAGUCAGCACGACCACGUCUCUGGCUGCCAUGAACGUCAUCUAUGAGACCUUCCGCAUUCCUGGGUACCGGACAGCCCUGGCACAAAUGCACCUUCAGUUGUUCAUCCCUUUGCUCAAGCAGGUCCUCUUUGUGAUGCAGCUCGAUUUGCCCGAUUCUCUAAAGGCCAGGCAGGAAGUCAUCCUGAGGGAAAACCCCGAGGCACUCAGCUUCCAGAGCACCUCGGUGGAGAUCAUGAAACAUCUGUUCUCGGUGGCGGGGGACUGGGCGGUGUACGCCUGCAUCGAGUUCCAGCAGGGGUGGCUGGUGCUGAGCACCCCACAGCGGUUCUUACAGGGCACACGCCUGUUGGCAAGGGCCAUGACUGAGUGUGAGAGCCCACAGAUCCCCGGCAUCUUUGGGGAGGCAGCUCUCAUCCUUGACAGCGGGGAGGAUGAGCUGAAGAAGAUGACAGCCUUGGCUUUAGUCAUUGAGUUUCUCAAGAGUCCAUCUGCUGUCAAGAUGAUGAACAGGUUCAGCCUCAAGGACCAUCUUGAAGAAGGCUCAGCAGCCUCCAAUCCCGUCAUCAAAGAUCUCUGUGCAAAAGGGCUCUGCAGUUUUGUUUUUCAACCAGAGAAGGUCAAGCUGCUACGAGACCAGCUCCCAACACUGAUCAAUGCCGUGUUCAGUGGACACGAAGGAAGCAUCCUUGAAGGCCUGCGGGACAUCAUGACCACAGUCUAUGAGAUGGAUGGCCAGAGAAUCGGACCCCUUUGUGUUGACCUUGCUGUGAAUGUUCGCUCGUUCUUUGAGGAUGAAAGGGCUGACGUUCGCGCAAUGGCCAUCAUGUUGUUUGGGCAGCUGGUGAUGAGAACGAGAGAUGCUGACAAGAGCCUCCUGAAGAAGGAAGUCGUAUACAGCCUGCUCUCUUUGCUGCUGCACCUGAAGGACCGAGACGGCACGGUCGCCAUGAGGUGCAAGUUGACGCUGCUGCACUGCGGCAUCUUCCUCGGAUGGGCUCACCUGAAGCUGAUGUUCCGCAGCAUGGCCUGGGAUGACCUCUGGAGCUGCCUGGUAAACGUGUGGAAGUACUUGAUGAGGAACAACCAGGACAGUAUACACAUCUUCAUCUCCCAGGCACUGGGGUGCCUCCAUCACCCCCAGGUGGAAAUGAGGCACACAGCAGCACGAUUCAUCGGUCACACACUCAACUAUUACAGCUCUGAGCUAUCAAAAUACCUUGAGCAGGAGGACAUUUUCUACCUGAAUAAAGUCUUCCAGGAGAUGGAGUCAAGUCAAGAUUCCAGCCUGACGCACUUCGCAAAGACGUACCGGGUGGUUCUGCAGAAACUGUCUGUGAAACGAAGGCUGGCUGGAGCUGGCGAGCAGGAUCCGCAGGCCACCACCAGCAGAGGCGGGCGUAAACUAUUCAGUGAAUAUGAAAGCAGGGCAGCCAGCCCAGAGCUGCCGCCAGAGCUCCCACUGCAAGAAGGCGCCCCCCGGCUGGACGGGAGCGACUUCCUGGACAUGCGGAGCGCCAGGCGCACCAGGCGGCCCUUCAGCCAGCGAGCGAAGUACAUCUACCAGCACCUCCACACAUCCGCUAGCACACGCCACGAUCGACCUCCACCAGGCACUGCAACGAGAUCCUUGCUGCCCGAGGCCACUCCACUGUGCUCUGCUAUCCACCGGCCCGUCCCUGCACGUUUCCAUGAACCAACAUCCUGCUACCUUGGAAAGCGGCUGGAGCUGUCCCACAAGAGCUCAGCCGUCAGUUCACUGGCCGGGGCAGCCACUGCCCCCGUCAACAAAACUCUGCAUGGCUGCCUCACGCAGUGCGUUUCCCCGGUGGAAUCCUCGGUGACAGGUGGCCAGCCUAUGCAGCAUGCGCAGCACCGCAGGCGGCAAGGGAAGGCCUCCUGGAUGUGUGCCAGCCACCCCAGCAGCUGCAGCCUCCUUGCUGCAGGGCCCCUGCCGUGA